AUGGCUUGCUCCAACGUGGAUCUGGAUCUUUGGAAGGUGAUGAUCAAUGGCAACAGCUUCCGAAAAAUGGUGGAUAGCACAGCUUCGGCCGUGCUGGUGGUGGGGCCGAUGGGUGCAGGAAAGAGCACCACCAUCGCCAUCCAGACGGGCGCCAGGUAUGAAGCAGUGAAGGAGGAGGUGCAUGGGAGGUUGAAGAAGGUUUACAGGUGCGUGCAGGCAGACAACCGAAGGCCACAGACUGCGGAUGGCUAUACCUCGAAGACGCUCAACAUGGGCUUGUACAUUGCGGAAGAGAGGUAUGGCGGCUACACCUAUCUGGACACGGCGGGUUUGAAUGAAGAUCGUACAGGGACGCAUCGCGCGUGGACGCAGUGGAGUUUGGCUACAAGCUUCUCCCUCUUGCCGAAAAUCAAAUCGGUUGUUUUGGUCAUGGAUUUUCGAACUUUGGUGGCAGAACGGGGCCACGGCGUCCGUGCAAUGGCGAAAUCCCUGCUCCCCAUCACGGGCAGUGGACAAGCCUCGAAGCAUUUCUACGACUCCAUGAUCUUCCUUUUUACCAAUGCGUAUGAGGAUGGAGACAAGGUUAAAGCUGAGAACAUUAUCCAGAUCGCCAAGGCACAGUUUGCUGAGCAGAAGGAGCUGUUCAAUGUUUUCUGUCAACGCCGCACAGGUGUUAAUGCCCAGGCCAUUGUUGAUGAUCCGGAUUUUGCAGAACACACUGCCCUUCUGACCUUCUUGGAAACAUUAUCCGAUGCAACCGGUCGUGUUCACGUGUGCUUCCCAGAUACUCCAGAGAAGUCAGACAGACAGCGCGUGGCUGUUCAGGAAAUGAUUGAAGCUUCGAAACCGAUGACCAGACGCGUGCUGGGAGAGAUUGUGUCCACACGACCAACUCGAAGUCUGGAGGUGCUACAAAUCUUCGCGAAACUGGCAACCGAGCCGGACAGCCGUCUCGAUGGGAAAAGCUACACCGAGAUCUUGCAUCAGAGAUCGGACCAUCUGCAGAGGCUCCUGCACCUCAAGGAGAAGCACAAAGAGAGGUUGCAGGCCAUUGACAGCGACUGGCAAUCGGUUCAACGCGACAUGCUCUCUGCCCUCCGUGAGAAGAAGGAAGGGAUUGUUCUGCAGAAGAACGAUGCUCAGAGAAGGAUCGCAAGACUGAAGAUUUCCGAGUCUCCCAGAGUCAUUGCCACCAGAGAGGUGAAAAAGUCAUACCCGACCUCGGGCUGGUGGGUCUUAUGCUUCCUUGGAGGAGGUUGGGGAUGGGGAAAGCACUCUGCUCGCGAGACGCUGGGCUACAGAGCAGCGUGGUUCUCCAGGUAUGAGAUCAGAGGUGGAGACUACGAGAAACAAAUUCGGACAGAAGAUCCAGCUGAAGGCGUCCUUAACGUUGACUUCACUUCAACUCCCGGGGUAAACUUGGACGUCACUGUGAGCUUCUAUCGCCCAGAGAAAGACACGGAGGAGACCGCGCAACAGGUUGCGUCACUGGAGCGGCAGGUAGAGGGUUUAACAACUCAGCUCGAGGAGUGCGAGACAAAGAUUUGUUCUUUCACAUGCGCUGAUUCUCCAGCAAACCUAGCGGCGUUGAUCAUGACGGAGAAAGAUGCCUUGGAGCAAGCGGAUCGAGACUUGGUGGAGAUGCUUGACCGGCCUGCCACACAGCCAACUGACGACUUUCCAAAGGCCCCUUCUCAAUGGAGCUUCAUCACCAACUUCAGUGGCGUCCUGUCCGUGUUGGUAGAAAAAAAGAUGCUUCCAUCGGACUUGGCCCCGAGCACUCGCGAGCCCAUCGAAGCUUUCCUGCAGACCUGGGAUCAAGUGCAGAAGCAUCUGCGAGAACUCGAAAGGGGCCCUGGAAGCAGCAUCAUCACCCUGAAGAAAAGCGACCUCUCGAGUCACCAAUCAGAAGAUGCUCCACCCGUGAAGCCCAGCUUUCGGGCAAUGGCUCGAGCUUCCUUGGAGACCGUCUGCACGGCAUCGGUCGUGGAUAAGGCCUUCCUCUUCUACGAAGGGCUCGCGCGUCAGCCCGUCGCUUUGGCAGCUGCACUGUGCACCUACGGCAUUCUACUGAAGGUGUGGCCCUCCGACAGCCUGCAGGGCGUCUUUGCGAACAUGCUCUUGGCUCUGUCAGUUUAUGUGCUGGCCUGGCAGAUUUGCAACGUUGGAGUCCACAAAGCCGCUCUCACCGCUGAUAGUCUGGGCCACCAGGUCGGCAGCUUCAAACCAUGGCUCGAGGGCCUCGCGCGAGACGCAGGGGAGGCCACAGGGGAUCUGACCCAGAGCCUGGGAGACCGACUGGCUGCUGCAGUUGGCAAUAUGAAGGCCCUGGUCAAAGUUUUCUAG